AUGUUCUGGCGCAGCGAAAAGUUCAUCAAUUCCAUGUUCAGUCGCGUGACGCACUUCACGACUGACUUCACGGAAUUGGACGUCUCAUGCUGGGAUCUGCUGCUCAGUAUAAUGCCAAACGUCUCGGUCCUCAAGAUCGUCACAUUGCCUAACGUUGCCUCGGGAACGUUCCAUCCUCUCUUCGAGGCACUCAGCACCAGCGCGCCUUAUACGUCAAGGCCGGAUGGGCCUCCAGCUCUACCGCAUCUUAGAGCUAUCGAACUGGGAGAUGAUGUCACAUCAAGCCAGGCCAACGUUUACAACAGCCUUGUGGACUGUUACGAGUCACGCCUGAACUCAGGAUGUCCGCCCAUCCUAAUGGUGGCCCCUGUGGAAUACUGGAACGACUCUGUUGCCCUGAUAGAGCUACGGCGUUUGGUGGAUAUGGGGACGCGCUCAGACCUGCGCCGUUGGACUCGCACAGAGGACGGUCAGUUGGUGCGCGUGAAGACCAAGCUGGAGAAGUGGGACAUCCGUCCUUCUAUACAUCCCAUUGGUGCCAUACUUUGA